AACGCACUCAGAGCGACGACGACGAUAGCUGGACCUCUCUUGUAAGGAGCAGAUCAGGUCGUGGCACUCGCUCAUCAGCAAGCACUAUCGCAUGCGUUGCGAGAAAAUCUGCGCCAUGUCAGAAGAUGUAGACGAAAGACCAAGUCCCUCGAAGCUCGCCGUACCGCCGACUCUUGACGCUUCACUGCAGACUCCCCUCUCCGCCGGCCAGUCCUUUCAACGAGCAGAUGCAUCGAGUCUAUUAGAAGACGGAGACGAACUCGCUGUACAGAUGACUCAGGAGGAUGCUGCCCCAAGCAAAUCUGUCAAUCUGGCUCCUGCCUUCAUUGGGGCUCCAUGCGAUGACCCGUCUGCUCAAAGCACAUCAUCAAUUCAGGCCGACGAGCCACCGGCGGCAGGUUCCGCAAACAUUGGCCGGACAAGUACGGUACCUUCCGUAGAUCAGCUUUAUGAUCGAGGAACCCAGAGAGCGAACCCUCUCGAACUUCCCGGCAUAUCGGUUCCUGCACUCGCCCAUCCUUCUCUCUUCAUGGAGCUGCCCACGUCGGAUGCCAUCGGUGCUCUCCUUGCAAAACAUAUUGCACCUAACCUGCGUCCUUCGCGCGACCUCAGCGGCCGCUGGCCACCUGGGGAGAUAGCGAGCCUACCCACGGCGAUUCACACCAAUUCCUGGCGGCGCGUUGCUCAAUCUGCGCGGUCGCAUAUCAUCGCUUUCGGCGCCGCCAUGAUGGAAGGCAGAGGUGGCGCAGCAGAGAUAUUAGUAUGGUGGAACGUACGGCUGCAUGCGUUGUGGAGGCUCAGACUCCAUGCCCAAGUCAGUAGAGAAAUCGAGGCGCUAUGGGGCGUGCUGGAAAAUACAGUAAUAUCGAGCGACGCUUCCGCUCCUUCGCCAGAGCAACCUGACGGCCUUGAAGGGCAACGCACUCGUCCACAGCAAAGAACCCUCGUUGACUCUCCGAUCGUUCCAUUCGCACUACAAGUGCUGCGUGCGAAACAGCCACGUCUGCAUGGUGAGCACGCUAUUGCACUCGACCGAUGUAGCGCGCUCUUGCGUAAAUGUCAGGGGACUGCGAGGCGCUUUGCUACAGCCGCUGAAAAGUGUGAAGGAGAUGCACGGACUACGUGCCAGAAGUGUCAAGUAAUGUGGAACGACAGGGCCUCGAGAGUAACUUUGAUCACUGCAAGUCUUUUGGUCGAGAUCAAGGACUACCGCUCAGCCAUCAACGUUCUGGCACCGCUCCUGAGCUCAGCGAGCCCGGCUUCUCAAGAUCCCUACUUUCUCUCUGGCAUCGGCCGGAUGUACUUGCAAUGCGGCAUGCUCCAGUUCGCUCGCCAGACAUUCCAACGAUGCAGCAAAGUAGCACAAGAUAGCCUAAGCAAAGUUGACACUGUACCACCACGUCUCAUGGAAGAGGACAGCGCCGCAGCACCAGCCAUGAAACGAGCGACCCAGCUGCGCGCGAUGCUCGCGACGGAUCAAGCACUACUACAUGUGGCGCAUGGAGAGUUUAAGCAAGCUGAAGAAGCCUUACGACCACUUUUUCCCUCAGACUGGCGCUUGGCAGGACAGCACAAUCUCGACCUUGCCAACCAGCUAUCCAAUCUCGCUGUCAUCCUCUUCUACCAAGGGCAAUUGGAGGAGCCCGUCGAGAUGCUCGAGACUCUGCUACGUGAUGGACCCUCUGCGAUCAGCACCACCGAUUCUCUUAUCUUCAACUUGGUCACCUUCCAUGAGCUGGGGAGGGACGACUCCAUCAUGGACAAGCGACGGAUCCUUCUUGAAGUCGCACAGUGGGCAGGCGAAGGGAUCAGCACUUCAGCCCUCAAAUUAGCUUAGAAUUGCAGACGCGUCGCUCAUGUAGCGUCGCCUCAAAGCAUGAGAACGAUUGCCAUACGAAUGCACCAUGCAUCUUGUAGAUUCAUGUCAUGCCGAAGUCCACUCUGCAUAGUGUGCGUCUCGACUCAUGAGUGGGGGCCUGAGCAUAGUCUAAGUAACGAAGAAGC